AUGGGUUGCUCUGGAGAUCGCGAAAAAGGAGAGGCGCAACUGGAGGAAAAAUGGGACUACGUUAAUCUUGACGACUUCAAAUCCGAUUCAUGCUGGACACCCUUCUCGUACAUCUUCCUAUGGAUAAUGCUCAUUGUGUCGGUAUCAGUCUAUGGUGUAGACAUCUUUACUGCCGUCAAUCUACUCGCAUUUUCGCGUUGGUCUGGUCGAGUUGAACCCGCCAUUCCAUUCAAAAUCUCGCGUUGGAUCUUCGCCGUGUGCAUUAUCGUAUCGCUCACUCUACUGGUAUACCGAUGGAUCUUCGCAAUCCGCGCUAUGCGCUCAGGCAGUAUCACUCGGAGCUAUCUGGACCCUCUUGCCGUGCGCAUUCAAAGUUUUCGUGUCAUCGAAAGAAAGGGUCGUGGGUGGAAGAAGUUCCUGGUCUUUGCUGAGCUGACAAAGAGUAAGAAAGGAGCCGAGUAUGUCGCGCUGUAUACAUACUUUGCCUUUCAAUUCUGGAUGAACACCAUCUUUGCCGAUGGGCCGCGUCAAGUUAUCAAUGCCAUCACUCUCUACUCCGUCAUGAAAAUGGACCUUCUUCCAGGAGGGGAGAACACGACAAGCGAUGGCAAUGCCUCGGGAAUCAUACAGUUCUUUAACAAUGUUAAAGUUCUCGCUGAGGAAAACAACCUUCAAGCUGUCGUCUUGUUUGGUAUGCUGUUUACCUUGGUUAUCUGGGUUCUAUCUGUUUUGAAGCUCGCCUCAGCGGUCAUUCUUUACUUAAUCUUCCUUUUCCACCAUAUCCCAGCAGAAGACGGAUCCCUCAAGGCGUAUUGCCGGCGCAAGAUUAGUACUCGACUUAAACGAAUCGUUCGCCGCAAGGUUGACAAAGCUCUUGCAAAAGGUCUACAGUUACAGGAUCGUGUGCCGACCCGACCGGGUCUGGCAACCGCGGACUCGAAACCAACCCUACCUUCUAUCGAUAUGGAUAAGACCCCUGUUGUGACCACGUUAUCACGCAGCACCACUGAAACAACUUUGCCUCCAUAUACCCGCUCGAACUCAACUCGGACGGAACGAAUGCCGACUCUGCCGAAUCUCGAACUCGACAGCAAACCACCUUUGAGUCGGACCACCACCAAAUCGUCAGCUAUAUCAGCAGACUCGGCCCCAUUGACCGCCAAUGCAGCUCCGAUGGGAUACAGUCCUCUUGACCGUCAUGCCUCACCUUUGCCUCCGGUUCCGCCUGUACCUCACAAUGUGCCCUCCAGGAUGGGCUCAGCCCAUGCUCAUCCCACUCCUGGACCCCAAUACACAAACGAGACCGAAUCUAGCUACCCACCAUCCCAAUAUCGUAACUUGACGGACUCUAGAGAGCAGCCGACUCGCACAUACACACCUGCCGCUGAUCCUUAUGCUACAUUCGCCCCUCGCCUGGAUACUACUCACGAUUAUUACGACCGAUAUGGACCUUCCGGGGAUGUCUACGAGGAGGAUGAGUUUGACAACUAUCAGACAUCUAUGCAUCAUAGUGACAACAAUGCGCAGCAUGGGUACCACUCCCAAGAGGGAUAUCAAGCAAGAUCAUAUACCCCUGCGUCUGCUGGCGGAAAUCCCCGUUCCCAAGAUCCCUACCAGGCUCGAUCAUACACGCCUGCAAGCACAGGUGGAACGUACCGCCCCGAGGAUCCAUAUCAGGCUAGGUCUUAUACUCCAGCAGGCACAGCCACGGCCCAGUCCCAAGAUGCAUACCAGUCGUACAGUCCGACCAACGGUGCGGCGGCGGAGUUUUCUCAAGACGGAUACCAGAACAGAUCCUACACCCCUGCAAGCACGACAACACCCCACCCCCAGAAUGAAUAUCGAUCAUAUACCCCGGCAACUACCGGUACAACAAUUUAUCACCAAGAUGGAUACCAGGCUCGAUCAUUCACCCCAGCGAACGCUGCGACAACGCCUUAUCCACAAGUAACUGCCCCACCAUUGCGGUCCAUGACUCCAGCAAGCCGAGCAACACCUGCGCCACAGCAAGCGGAUCAGUCAAUGCGGCCUCCCCCGCGAUCAUUCACUCCUAUGAGUCCUGAGGGUUCUGCCUCACAAAGCACUGGGUACACUGCAUUAAACCCGUCGGGUAGUUCUUCAACACCCCAGCCUCGCAUGCCCCGCGUGCCACCACCUGCAGGCUACCAACCGUUCACCCGAGCCAACACAGCGUCGCCUUCCACGAUGAAUCGCAAUGGUCCCCCUGCAGGUUAUUCCUUUAAUCGAGCACACACGGACCAAUUUUGA